AUGGACGACGUUUCCAAGUUUUUGCAGGACGUCAAGGAGAUGAACGCGCGACGCACAGAGGAGGAUGAUGCGCGACAGAGAGAGCUUGACGAGAAGAUCCAGCAAGAGAAACGAGAACGCCAGGCUCGCCGCGCCGGCAGUCCGCAAUCGCGUGCAGCCGUCACCUCGGCCGAGCUUGAAACCUCCACAGCUCCAGACGCUGCAGCCCAGGAGAACGCCUCGCCCGCCGAAAUCAACGAGCAAAAUUCCGGCAUGAACUCUCCUUCCUCACCCUCCGGUGUUGGCGGCCCGCGGCCGCUAUCAUGGCAGAGGCGCCCGAACUCGCAGGCCGGGGAAAAGCCCAAGACGAGGCCGCUGUCCAUGUUCGCUGCCCAGAACGCCGCCAGAACAUCCUCCACGGCCCCAUCCGAGCAAGCACCCGCUUCGGCGACUGAGCAGACUUUUACCAAGGACCAGAUUGCCCAGGCUCUUGGUUCCAAGGAUCCGACAUGUUUCCGACAGACGGCCGACCGCGGUCUCGGCUCUGCGGCCUACCGUAAAAACCAGGUUGAGGAUCAGGAGACGCUCGACAUGUCUUCCCUGCGCGCACAGCUGCCAGAACUGCGCAGUCCCGAGCAUCUGCCAUGGUCACAGGCUCCGGACGGUCUUCGCCUCACGAGGCCUGCAUCGCCGACGAAGGGCAUGGGAGGCUUUGUACAGAGUGCCAUGAUGAAGAGAUCCGACAGUGUCAAGAGAUGGAGCGUGACUUCGCCCCCAGGCCUUGCUCGCGUCGACACCGUGGCGUCCCACCGAACCGGCGAGCGUUCCGCCCACUCACGAUCCAGGUCCCGUCCGACAAGCAUGUUCCGUGAACGCUCAAACACUACCCACGAGACGUCCCCGACCCGAUCGCCUUCACGAUCUGAAGCGAUAGAGAACGAAGCCAACCAAAGCGAGACGCCAAAAGUCAAGACUGUAGAGCCCUCCCCCAUAGUUCCACCCAUCGACACAGAUGUCAAGGAGCAAGAGGAAGUGACGCCGCCCUCAAGCCCGUCCAAGACGAUGGACCCCCGGCGAUGGAGCCCGACAAAAGCUAGCUGGCUUGAGACAGCCCUGAACAAGCCUGAAUCACCAAAACCGAAGCCUUCGCCAGCUGCUGCAAACCAGCCUGCAUGGAUGGUCGAGCUGAAUAAGGCCAAAGCGCAAAAGUCUGGCAACCCGAAUGCUGAAGCGGGAAGGAGCGGCUCCAUCUCAUCCAAGCACGCGGUCAACAUUGGUGGACUUAUGCGGUCUACGCCAAUGGGGUCUGCCGUGAAGCCUUCAACAACUGGUCUAGGGGGCAUAUACUCUCCACCAACACCCACCGCCCGUUCAGGAUUUGCGGCUGUUGGAGCCGGUAGUCUCCGCGGCAAUUUACACAAGCCGAACCUGAGUAGUGACAAGACGGAGCCAGAGACAAGUCCCGUGGAAGGUGAAGUACCCACCCGCUCCUCUGUCAUCAGCCCAUCCUCGGUGACAGGCAAAUCACGACCCGCCACACCGCCGAAGAAGGAUUUUCGCGCGAACCUCAAGCCGCGACAAGCAUCGGGGGAUGCCAGUGCUCAAGUCGAAUCGAAUAACGAAUUGAAGAACGUGUUCGGUAACCUGCGACGAACCAAGACACAAAACUAUGUCGCCCCAGAUGAAUUGAAGGGCAACAUCCUGCGUGGUAAAGCAGCCCUCAACGCCACUGGUGGACCGAAGCCGAGUGAGCGCAAGGAUGAAUUCAAGGAUGCCAUUUUGAAAAAGAAGGAAGACUUCAAAAGGGCCCAAGACGAAGGCAAGGGUGUCGAACGUGGUUCUGCGCCGCCUAUCGAGGAACCGAUCCCCGAGGGUAUCGCUAGGCGCAGAGCGCUCAGUAGGUCCACGUCUGGGAAAGCCGAUACCACAUCGGGCUAUGGCAUAGAAACAUCGUCGAAUAAGUCGGCGAAUGAACCGAGGCCAUUGAGUUCUUUGUCAAAGAGGGACUCCGCUGAGUCUAUGUCGACGACAAAGACGGCUGCUGAACCUGUCAUGCCUGAGCUACACAAGGAGACCAGCGCUCCCGCGCGUCUCCAGAACCGCCCUAGUGCUGGCGGUCUCGCGGGACGCUUCAACCAAAACCUGGCGGGUCUCUUAGCCCGCGGCCCUCCACCCAUGGCUGCGAACAGCAGCAAGAACGCCGACGACUCUGACUCCGGCACACCCUCUGCACCUAUUGCAGAGCCCUCAGCACCUGGCCCUCAGCUCACGCACAUGACUAAGGGUCGUGCUCGUGGACCCAAGAGGAAGGCGCCGACGUCUGCGCAGCCACCGGCCGCGGCAAAGACCGUGGAGCCGGCCUCUAAGGAGAGCAUCCCGUUCAAGCCGGCAGCAACACCCAAGAAGACGGUCCCGGCGGUUGAGGCAACUCAAAGUCCCCGCUCGCCCCCAAUGCCCAGCUCGCCAUCAUCCUCGUUGCCUCAGACUAUCCAGGCCCAGGUCGCCGCGAAGGCCGCCAUCAAGAAUAAGCCCUCUCCUGCGCAGCCUCCUCAGAAGCAAACACCAAUAGAGGACCCAUUAGUUGCCGACGUGUCUCAAAAGUCACCGUCACCGCCCGUGACUAAGGCGAAGCCUGUGGCAACGACCCCCUUUGCCAGCCUGCGUCGCACGCCGUCCCCGACAAAGCAGAUGGAGGAAGAGCCGGUUGCAGCCCCGGCCUCUUCACCACGCAAACUGGACAUGAAGCGAAUGUCGAGAUUCUUUGAUGAUCCAAAUGCCCCAAAGCCUGCUACCGAGAGCUCGAAGCACGAAGUGGCCAGGCCGGAAAGUAUUAGCAGGCAGCUGCCCAAGCCUGAAAGCCCAAGCAGGGAGCUUCCCAACCCUUCAACCCCGUCACGCGACCUCCCAAAGCCGCUCAGCAUCGGCCAAACAUCCAGGUCUCAGAGCCCCCGGGAACUUCCCCGACCUCAAAGCAUCAACAGAGAGCUGCCGAAGCCCGAAAGUCCACGAGAUGUGCCGCGCCCUCUCAGUAUCAACAAGCCAGAGAGUCCUCUGAAGGGGCAGUUCCGCAAGGAGAGCCAGCCAGGUACGCCCCUUCGCUCGCCUGUAAAACAGGCUAACGAGGUGACGACAAUGCUCGAUGAGUUCUUCGGCACAUCCCGGCCCCAGCGUGAAUACCGCAUCGAUACGGCCGAUAUCUUGAUGAACAGGCCGCAAGUUCCUAGGGUCCGCACUGCAGGAGCCCAGCUUUUCCAGCUGUUUGGGGAUGGCAAGAAAAUGCCUGUUCCCAUGCACAACGAACGUGUCCUCUUUGAGCAAGAGAUGUACAUAUGCCCCCAUGAGUUCACCGAUAGUGCCGGCAAGAAGGCCUUCGAAGUUUACUUCUGGGCAGGUGAUGAAGUGCCGACUUCUACCCUCGAAGACGCGCAGCUCUUUGCAAGCCGCGAGGCAAGGGCACUGGGAGGUAAACUCGUCAAACUCCAGCAGGGCAAGGAGACGGCCGAAUUCCUCCAAGCCUUGGGCGGCAUUGUCAUAACGCGCCGUGGCUCAAGCAACAAGUUCGACAUGCUGGCGCCGAGCAUCCUUUGCGGUCGCCGCCACCUUGGCCAGGUGGCUUUUGACGAGGUCGACUUUGCACCCGCGAACCUCUGCGCAGGCUUCGCGUACCUCAUUACGCAACAGGGCAAAUGCUACCUCUGGAAAGGCAAAGGCAGCAACGUCGAUGAGCUCAGCUGCGCUCGUCUGAUAGGUAUGGACUUGACGUUGACAGGAGAGCUGAUCGAGGUGGACGAUGGCGGUGAGCCGGCCGCUUUCUGGGAUGUGUUCGGCGGCAGCGGCAGUGGUGCGAAGCCCCACUCGGCGGAUCACUGGCGACUGAAGCCAAAUUACGAAAAGUACUGCGGUCGUCUAUUUUGCUCCGACGCCGCGUCCAGGCAACAGAUGUACGUCAUUGUCGGCCGCGCCGCGCAGGCCGAGUACCUCUCCUUCCGCAACGCCCUCGAUUUUGCGCAGGAGUACGCCAUCCUCCCUCGGGCAUGGAAGACCGCCCCUUUGUGCCCAUCUCGACCGUCGUCUCGAGGGCAUCCCGCGCGACCUGAAGAGGGUCUUCCGCAAGUGGACCGACGAGGAAGCCCGACCGUCAUGCCGCAGGCAGGCCUGAAGAGGGGCCGAAGCCUGAGGAUCGUGCCGCUCACGCAGGCGCUGCAGGCGCUGAGCGAGUGA